AAAACAAAAACAAAAGCAAUAACAACAAAGCAUCUACCUUUCACUUCACUUGUGUUGUGCUUCCUCUCUCUCUCUCUCUUCUCUCUCUCUCACCACUCCACACUGAGCACGGAGACAGUGGAACCAGAGACAAACUCAAAAUAGCCAUGGCUACCUUCUCUAAGGAACGCGAGAGCCUUGUCUAUGUUGCCAAGUUGGCUGAACAAGCUGAACGCUAUGAUGAAAUGGUGGAUGCCAUGAAGAAGGUGGCGAAGCUGGACGUUGAGUUGAGUGUGGAAGAGAGGAACUUGUUCUCUGUUGGAUACAAGAAUGUGGUGGGGUCACGGAGAGCUUCAUGGAGGAUCUUGUCAUCCAUAGAGCAGAAAGAGGAGUCAAAAGGGAAUGAGUUGAAUGUCAAGCGUAUCAAGGAUUACAUGCACAAGGUGGAAUUGGAGCUGUCCAACAUUUGCAGUGACAUUAUGAUAGUUUUGGAUGAGCAUCUUAUUCCCUCCACUAAUAUUGCGGAGUCCACAGUGUUUUAUUAUAAGAUGAAAGGAGACUAUCACCGCUACUUGGCAGAAUUCAAAAAUGGUAAUGAAAAGAAAGAGGUAGCAGAUCAGUCACUUAAAGCAUAUCAGACAGCUUCCACCACUGCUGAGAGCGAAUUACAACCUACACAUCCUAUUCGUUUGGGUCUGGCUCUAAAUUUCUCUGUGUUUUAUUAUGAGAUAAUGAAUUCACCUGAAAGGGCCUGCCAUCUUGCAAAGCAAGCCUUUGAUGAUGCUGUCUCAGACCUGGAAAGCCUGAAUGAGGAAUCUUACAAGGACAGUACCUUGAUCAUGCAGCUGUUGAGAGAUAACCUUACUUUAUGGACUUCCGAUAUCCCUGAAGAGGGUGAGGACCAGAAAAUGGAAAGCACAGACAGGAGUGGUCAAGGAGAAGAUGAUGAAGCCUCUAUUUGAAUGUUGCACUGCACCCCCAUCAAGUUAUGAGUCAUUGUUAUUUUAGAUUGACAGCAUAUUUGAAUCAUCUGCUUCAUUUGUAUGCUAUUGUUGGCUAAUUUUCUGUGACAAAAGCGCCAUUGGUUUGCAAUGCUUAAUUCCACUAUUUGUAUCUUA